UAACGGAACAAUUUUGAAUAUUAUAAAAAGAGAAAUAGAAAUGUCAAUUUUGUAAAGGCACGAGGAAAAGACACAAAACGUCAACGGUUUUCCUGUUCAUUGUUUAUGAAAUCUUAACGUAAAAUGAACGUCAUCUGCUCUAUAUGUAGCGAUCAAUUGAUACAAUCAGAUGAUAUUUUUUAUACAAGAUGUGGACACGUGUUUCAUUUGCAUUGUUUAACACCAUGGCUUGAAAGAUCAAAAAGCUGCCCACAAUGUAGGGAGAAAGUUACACAGAGUAGAAUACAUAGACUUUAUUUUACAUUUUCAAGUAAUGAAGUAGUUGAAUCUCAAGGUUCUACAUUACAAGGAAAAGUUGACAGUUUGAAAUUUCAAAUUUUAUUAAAAGAAAAGGAUAUCCAGUAUUAUUCUUCAAAAAACGUUACUUUAGAAAAACAAAAUGCUGGUUUGAAACAAGAAGUUCGAAAAGUAGAAAGUGAAAUUAACAAAAAAAAUUCAGCAAUUCAUGCUUUGAAGGAACAAAUAAAUUAUUUUAAAAAGCAAAGUUCUGACUGUGAUUAUUUAAGAAAAGAAAUUGUUGAAUUGAAAAGUAAAAUUGAAGACCUUAGGCCCAUAAAAGUAUUAUUACAUGCUGCUGUGACUGAUGUUAGUAAAAUGAUUGGGAAAACUAAAGAUCCAGAAACACUUACCGUGUAUAUUUCUGUUAUGAAGAAAGAAUUAAUUGAAAGUUUUAAUAAAUGCAAACAACUGCGUAUGAGUGUUAAAAAGCUACAAGAAGAACUUGCUAAAGCUAAUGCAAAAUCUAAUACCUCAGUAGAACAACUGGAUGUAGAAGAAAAGUUAACAUUUUUAGAAAGUAAAAAUAGGGCAUUACAAAAACGAGUUGAUGAAUUAGAAGAGAUAUUUUAUAUCAAUGAGAAGUAUAACAGUGAAUUCGAAAUUCAAAAAGCAGAGAAAAAAAAUGAUAUUUCUACAGAAAAUCUAACUGAGAAAGCAUUAGAACAAAAUAAUCAUGAAACAUCAAGUGGAAGUUCUGUAAAUUGCACUACUAAACGAAAAAUUGAAAAGACUUCUAAUACUAAAAGUGUACAAGAAAAAAUGCAUUAUUCUCAAAUAGAAAAUGAUGCAACUGAUUCGGAAAUAGAUUUUAUAAAUUGUAGUUCUUCCAAAAAUUCACCAAUAGCUUCUAAAAAAUUGAAAUUACCAGAGGAUGACACUUUAAAUAAAAAUGAUAAUAAAUUUUCAAAUUCUUCUAUAUCAAAAAAAAAAAAUAAAAUAAAAGAGAGAAAGUAUCUGGUAUUGAAAACAAGCAAAAUAGCCAUGUGA